GCAGCUUUCAUCGGAUAUCAUUUGCUUCCUUGAUUGUGAUCAAGAAACAUAAAUGAAUAUGAGAAACGGUGCAGUAUUGGUGGUUAUGGUUAUUGUUUGCUUUGCAAGUAUCAUGGCUCCUGCUGUGGAAGCUAAGUGUCCUCCUCCUCCACCUCACAAAAGAAAAACUCCUCCCCCGCCACCUCCCAAAACUUCAUCAUCUCCUCCUCCUCCUCCUACCACAACUCUUUCUCCUCCGCCGCCACCCGGUUCAUCAAGUGGGGGAAGUUGUCCGCUAAAUGCAUUGAAAUUGGGAGCCUGUGUGGAUGUGCUGGGAGGACUGGUAAAUGCUACCAUUGGAGAUCCCGCUGUGAACACGUGCUGCCCUGUUUUGCAAGGUGUUUUGGAAAUCGAGGCAGCCCUGUGUUUGUGUACAACUAUUCGGCUUAAGCUUUUGAACCUGAACAUCAUCCUUCCCAUCGCUCUUGAGCUCUUCGUUCAAUGUGGACUCACCCCUCCACCUGGAUUUACUUGCCCACCCCUUAGUUAAAUGUGGGAACUCUGCAACAGCACGCCUCUUUCUAGAACGUACAUAUAGAUAUGGUGUUGGAUUUGAUUUGAUUUAUUUUUUCUCUUGAAAUGUAUUCUGUGUUUCCCCUAUAUUCAUUUGUACGGUUAUCAGUGGCAAUGACCAAGGAGAUGAAAGAAUGACCGCUUGCGGUUUGUAAACUCAGUUGCGUAGUGUCAGGAUAGAUUCAUCGGUACAAAUAAACUACUGCAACCAUUUUGAAAUUUGAAUAAAAGUCCAAGCUAAUAUUCUUUGG